AUGGAGACUCCACUAAAUGAGCGGGAUAAGAUCCUGUUUGCUUGUGAAGGAGAGAUUUUGGAUAACCAUUUGGGGGUCGUCGAACAAGUUACAGCCUGGAGGAACGAGAUCGAUACCCUAACGAGCGACACGCCGCCUAUCCAUCCAUUCGAUGUGCACAGGCAUACACUCUCGAUCUCGAAUGAUAAUCCAUAUGUUCCGGACGAGGCUCCAGAUGAUGCGCCGAUCCUCGACCCUAACGUCUGGGUGAGAUGGUACCUGCCCCGUGGCAAGCAGCGCAACGAUGAUAGGAAGGCGUCGGAGGAACGAACGGCGCUCUGGCGCACCAUACACCAUGACCCAUACGACGAGCCCAAUGACUGGGCGGACUUCAUGCGUGGCAAGACGGACAAGAAGACUCAGCACCAUCGCGCCGGUCGCGAUGAACCAACCAAAUCCAUAUACGACAAUACGGCAUCGGUCAGCCCAUCGGGGUUGACAACGAUGAUGCCAAACCGUUCCCACCCUCUGCCUCAGCUUCAUCACGAGCACCAGGCAGAUCCACUCUCUCUGACAUUGAAGGAUCCCUCUCCACCUUGA